AUGAGCACAUACCCUAUGUCGCACCCUGAUUCAUACCUUACGGAAGAUCAAGGAAGCUAUGCAGUUACCGGAAUGGCAGCAUGUAAUGCUGUUGCCACCUGUGCUGUAAUGGCCCGCGUAUAUGUCCGGGCAUAUACUCGAGGAUUAUCGAUCCAAGAUCUAGGUUGGGAUGACGCCCUUAUUAUACUGGCAAUGUUCGUUGGCUGGGCCCUUAUGGCUCUGUCGUAUAUGGUGACAAAAUAUGGUGCUGGAAGACAUCGUGAGGCCCUGAUAGAGAAUCCUACGAUUAUGGUGAACAUGUACAAGUGGCUGGUAACGGCCCAGCUGGUCUACAUGUUGAAUCUAUGGAUCUGCCGGAUGUCUGGUAUUGCCUUCUACGUACGAGUAAACCGCAUGCCUCGAUUUAAGCUAUACUUGCGCAUAUCGUACGGCUUUGUCACGGGUGCAUUUGUGACUCAAAUCUUAAUCAUCGCUCUCCAAUGUAUGCCACUCGCGGCACUCUGGGGAGAGGCUGAGGGCCAAUGUAUGGGUUCUGAUAUCAGAUAUAUUUCCACGUCUGUUCCCACCUUCCUUUGUGAUUUGCUUGUCAUUUUGCUGCCUGUGAACAUCAUCCUGAAGAUCAAGGACAAGAUGACGAGGAGCAUUGCCUUAGGGUUUGUGUUGUAUUUUGGCACUUUUGUUAUUGUGACCUCGGUCUGCCGAAUUAUCGCCAUAGCCACUGCCCUGAAAGACCCCGAAGAUAUCACUUGGUACUUCUCUGCAGUCAUGGCGUGGUCAUGUGCUGAGAUAGCGACGGGGAUUGUCGUACUUUCUCUCCCGGUUCUCAAGGGCUUAUUCUCGAGGCUUCGCGAUAAGUACUCCUCCAGGAUGGAUCAAAGCAGCUCGAACGACGGGAUCCGUCCGAAAUCCAACAGCUGCUCGGGGCAGAGGCGUGUUUUCGAAGGCCCCAACACAAUUCCAAACAAAACACAAGUUGAUACUGCAUGCAAUACUAGUGAGGAACAGUUGUGGUUGGACAAAACAGACGAUAUCCGAGUGGUUGAUACCGUGCAAGUGGAUAUCUCGCAGAGGAAAGGCCUUCGCUAG